UGUGAAAAAUAAAGCUAGGUUUUAAAUGGAUAAAAUAUUAUGAAUACGUUAUGCAAUAGACUUUCUUUAUUUAUUUAUUAAAUGUUUACUUAAAUCAAUCACUUUGUAAACAGCUACUAUUUAAGAUAAAAAUAAUUCAUAAUUUAAAUAUACUUCAAACUAUAAAAGAAAUAGAUGGAUAAGAUGGAUAAGAUUUCCGUGAACCGAUUUUCAUUUCGUAGAAAAGGAAGUCAUAAAAAGGAUAAACAAAAAGAAGACAAACAUGAGGAUAAAAUUGAUGAAGUUGAACAGCCAAAAUUAAAGUACAUUAGUCAGAAAGAGGCCAGAGAAAUCGAGCAAGAAUUAUUCACAGAAUAUGCCUUUAGUGUUGAUCAACUUAUGGAGCUUUCGGGAUAUAGUUCUGCUGUUGCCAUAGCAAAUUGUUACCCAGUUGAAAAGAUGACAAAAGAUAACCAUGCUGUCCUUGUCUGUUGUGGACCUGGAAAUAAUGGCGGGGAUGGACUUGUGUGUGCCAGACAUCUGAAAAUGUUUGGAUAUAAGCCAACAAUAUUCUAUCCAAAGAGACCGAACAAGCCUCUAUUUAACCGCCUGUAUAAACAAUGCGAAGGCUUGGACAUGCCUUUAUUAUCAUUCUGUCCGUCUGAAGCACAUCUAAUUACAGACUCGUACAACUUCGUCGUUGAUGCAUUAUUUGGACUUAACUUUGAUGGUCCUGUAAGAACGGACUUUGAGUCUGUAAUGGAUACUUUAAAGAAAGUCGAAUCACCAAUUUGCAGUAUAGAUGUACCGUCUGGAUGGGAUAUCGAGUCCGGCGAUGAAAAUGGACUGAAACCAGAUAUGCUUAUUUCUCUUAUCGCUCCUAAAAACUGUGCAAAGUUUUUUAAAGGCAAACAUCACUUUCUUGGAGGUCGGAUUGUCCCCAAAACACUUGAACAAAAAUAUGAGUUGAAUUUACCGGUGUACCCAGGUACUAAUUGUGUUAUUGAGCUUAAAAUGGACGAUGAGGAAAGUGAGGACAAUAGUGACAACAAAAGUGAUUAUUAAGUUAGGACAUGGUUUAAAAAAAUAAUUCAAUGUUUUGCUCUUAAAUGGGUCAUUCAGACAAGUCCAGGAACAUGUCAAACAACAUUGCAUAUGAUAUUAUGUGCGGGGAAUAUUAGACUAUGUAGUUUUAGUUAUAAUGUUAUUAUAGUUUUAUUCAUUGGAUUUCUGUAAAGUAAAACUUCAUAGUUCAGUCAAUUAAACAUGAAAAAUAUGAAGUCAUUAUGAACAACAUGUGAUCAUUUUCAGUAGGAAAACUUGAUGUGUUUCUCUUAUCUAUUUUUAUUAUUUUUUCUUUUUUUCUAUAUUUCAUUUUUCUUUCAUUUU